UUGGCCAACAUAGUCUAAAUGAUGAGGUAAUAUACCAGAGUGAGUGAUCCUCAGAUUAAUCUCCCAUUCUCAUAUGUAUCUGUAACUCUUUCUUUCUUGCUGAAUCUCAUGGAAAAUCAAAAUCUUGAUAAAAGCGUCAUCUCCGACCAACCUCGUGAAAUACCUUUUCAAGAAUCUGUUCCUUGUAAAAAAUCAAAACGAAACAAAUAUGCUUUUGCUUGCUCUCUUUUAGCCUCUAUGACCUCCGUUUUAUUAGGUUAUGAUACAGGAGUGAUGAGUGGAGCAGUGAUUUACAUAAAGGAAGACCUCAAAAUCUCAGACGUACAAAUCGAAAUCCUUGUGGGAACAAUCAACAUCUACUCUCUUGUGGGUGCUGCUCUUGCUGGUCGAACUUCAGAUUGGAUAGGUCGUCGAUAUACCAUUAUUUUUGCUUCUGCAAUAUUUUUUGCAGGAGCAAUAUUGAUGGGAUUUGCUACAAACUACGGUUUUCUCAUGUUUGGUAGGUUUGUGGCUGGUAUUGGAGUUGGAUAUGCUCUUAUGAUUGCUCCAGUUUAUACUGCUGAGGUUGCUCCAGCUUCUUGUCGUGGGUUUUUCACUUCUUUCCCUGAAGUUUUCAUCAAUGGAG